UGCGUACUUCGCUCGCGGACUAUCACGUCCUAGCCUAACCAUAUAUCUCAACUCGAGAUAUUAUCGCUCUCAAAAUUGAUUGCAAAUAUAUUUUCGUUUAGUGCCCGUUUUGAGGAUGGCCGAGAGCGAGGCAGACACGCCAAGCACCCCGAUAGAGUUUGAGAGCAAAUACUUCGAGUUUGAUGGAGUGCGACUUCCACCCUUCUGCAGAGGAAAGAUGGAGGAGAUCGCCAACUUCUCCCUCAGAAGUAGCGACAUAUGGAUUGUCACGUAUCCCAAGUCAGGUACCAGUCUCCUUCAGGAAGUGGUGUAUCUGGUGAGUCAGGGGGCAGAACCAGAUGAGAUUGGUCUGAUGAACAUUGAUGAGCAGCUUCCUGUUCUGGAGUACCCUCAGCCUGGCCUAGACAUCAUACAGGAAUUGACGUCUCCUCGUCUGAUCAAAAGCCACCUGCCCUACCGCUUCCUGCCUACAGCCAUGCACAAUGGAGAGUCCAAGGUGAUCUACAUGGCGAGGAACCCUAAAGAUCUUGUGGUGUCUUACUACCAGUUCCACCGCUCCCUCAGAACCAUGAGCUACCGCGGAACCUUCCAGGAGUUCUGCAGACGCUUCAUGAACGACAAGCUGGGAUAUGGUUCCUGGUUUGAGCAUGUGCAGGAGUUCUGGGAGCAUCGCAUGGACUCAAACGUCAUUUUCCUGAAAUAUGAAGACAUGUACAAGGACCUGGGGACGUUGGUGGGGCAGCUGGCGAGAUUCCUGGGUGUCUCGUGUGACAAGGCCCAGCUGGAGACCAUGGUGGAGAGCUGCAACCAGCUCAUAGAGCAGUGCUGCAACUCAGAAGCCCUCUCCAUCUGCAGGGGUCGCGUGGGACUGUGGCAGGACAUCUUCACCGUGUCUAUGAAUGACAAGUUUGACACGGUGUAUAGACAGAAGAUGGGCAAGUCUGACCUGACCUUUGACUUCGGCCUGUGAGGACCGGACCGACUGACCACAACGACACGAACACGGACUACACUCCUCCUCCUGCUGCCUAAACACCGUACGCUCCUCUGCCUCUCUUCAUCACUCAAUCAAUCAAUCAAACAAUCACGUUUUGGAUAUACUGUAUAUAUCAAUCGCUACACCGGCGAAGACUAUUGCUGUCAAUCAACCAACCAAUAAAUCACCCAAUAAAUUAGUCAAUCAACACACCAAUCAAUAAAAAGAUUACAUCCUUCAAAAGCUCACAAAUCAAUUUUGAUGUAUCAAUCAACCGGUCAGUUUCUCAGCCAAUCAGCGAGAUCCUGUUUAAGCCCAAUGUGGCACAGAUUCCAUCCCCCACCCCCAUCUAUGUCCCCCCUCUCUGCCCAUCAUCCCCAUUCCUCUUCAGUAUGUACCGCUGAGUAUGUAUGUGUAUACCAGUGCUCUAUAGCAAGUUGUGUAUGUGGCAGUGGCCCCAAGCCUGAGGGAAACGCAUGGAAGUGUGUGGCGCCGUCGCCAAACCUGUACAGAGGAAGCGUACACGUCUCGUUCAACACUUAACGUUGAGACAGUGUUGUGUUUUUUAAACGCUGUAUGAAUGCUAGGGUGGGGAAUCAUAAGUCCAGCUCAGAGUCAAGUAUAGAGACCACCCAUGACUGCCCUUUGAUACAGAGCAAGUGUUCCGUUUCAGCUGUAUCCAGGUCAGUUCCUACUUUACCUAGUCCUUCCUUUUAGCACACGUUUUUCACUUUCACUACAUUACAUAGCUUGUUUGUUACAAAAAGGCUUUCAAUGGGCAUUAGCUUAAUCGGCACUAGACUUUUUGUAUUAACCUUUCUUGCCGAGGUGAAUUGGGAAUGUGUGUGUGUGUGUGUGUGUGCGUGUGCGUGUGCAUGCUCGUGUGUGAGCAAAAUCACAAAAAUGACACAUUACGACUGCCUUUUAUAUCAGUUCUGUUUGUUUAUGCUGCUAAAGUGAUGCCUUUCUCUGUCCUCAGACCCAUAGCCACCUAUAGAGUUAAUGUACCACACUGAGACAACAGAGUUUUCCUCCAUCUUACCAGCAUUCUCUGUGUGCUCUGCCCCAAGUACAUGUAGCCCCCUUUUCUCUUCCAUUGCUUGCAUCUCUUUCUCUCCUCCUCCUCCUCCCCCUCCUCCCUGCUGUAAAUGCCCCCAGAGAGACCAGUAGACCCCCCCCCCCCCCCCAACCCCUCUGCUCUGCUGGACACUUGCGAAUGUCUUCAUUGAUGUGGAUGUAACAACCUCAACAGACCCCUCCCACAGGCUCAGUUCUCCGCUUUAGGACAUCCCUCUUUUAUUCUCUCUCUCUCUCUGUUUCUCUCACUCUGUCUGUGUCUCUCUAUCGAUUCAACUCAAUUGGCUUUAGAUACGUACAUGUGUUUACAUUGCCAAAGCAAGUGGAAUAGACAAUAAACAAAAAGGGAAAUAAACUCUCUUGUCAGCUUUUUCUCUCAUUCUCUCUGUUUACGACCGUUGGCAAUCGUGCUGCAGCCCACCUCUACAAGGGUAAUGUGGUGUACUGUUUGUUUGGUUUUUAUAUGCCUGUAGGGUUGUCCUAACCUGGGUAUGAUGCAUCGUGCUUUACAUGCUUGCUUGCUGGUUUAUUAAUAAAGUUAUGUCU